UACGAAGCAAUUUGUAAACGUCAACAAAACCGAAUAAUCACAGAAUAUUUAGUUUGUCGUCGAAAAUAUAGCACAAUGGAUUAUGAAAACGAGAAAUUAUUGAAGUUGAUUUUUCCCAACGGUGUUCCAGAACACCUUCGUGAAAACCCUGAGCUGUUGCCCCAAAUCUACAAGCUUGGUUCGUACAAGGUUGACCAAAUAAAAAAGGAAGAGACGCGAUUGGCAGAAGAUAAUAAGGCAGUUGUAGAGCAAACGCAAGAUUUGGCGAUUAGUAACUACAAGACAUUUAUUCAAACGUCCGAAUGCUCGCGUCGAAUCUACACUGAAUUCAAAGAUACCGAACAACAGCUGAAUCAACUCAUAGACAAAUUGCCAAAUUUAACGGAGAAAUGUGAGAAAUUCAUUAAAACAUCCAGUGAAAUAGCCACAUCACGUCGCUUGAAUUCAUUGAAUCUGAGACGAAAUGCACAAUUGCUGGAGAUUUUGGAGUUACCUCAAUUGAUGGAUACGUGCAUUUAUCAAGGGAAAUAUGAAGAAGCAUUGGAGCUAGCGGCCCAUGUUCAGCGUAUGGGCGCUAAACAUAGUGACAUUCCGGUUAUUAAUAACAUCGUGGCAACCAUCGAAGGAUCAUGGCAUACAAUGUUGGAGCAAUUGCUAGCUCAAUUACGCACUGAUUUACCAUUGCCAAAGUGCCUUCAAAUCGUCGGCUACCUGCGACGCAUGCAAGCAUUCACAUUGCCCGAGCUCAAGUUGAAAUUCCUACAAGCGCGUGACAGCUGGUUUUGCUCGAUUUUGAACAGCAUUCCGAAAGAUGAUCCCCAACAUCAUUUGAUGAAAACCAUUGAGUUGAGUCGUGUCAAUCUGUUCAAUAUCAUAACGCAAUACAAAGCCACCUUUGCUGACGACGAAAACACGCUUGAUUCAAAUGAUUCGAAUGAGUCUGGCAAUAUAUUCCAUGCUUGGAUAAAUACAAAAGUCAAUAAUUUCCUAACAACUCUGGAGGCAGAUUUGAACCGUGGUGAAAUCACAUCAUUGGAAGCCGUUUUGGGUCAAUGUAUGUACUUUGGCUUGUCGUUUAGUCGAAUUUCAACUGAUUUUCGCACGCUUUUGGUGCCGAUUUUCGUGAAAAUCAUUGCGAAAAACUUCAAUAACCGCAUUACCAAAGUAACGGAUCAGUUUGAAUUGGAUAUGGACAACUAUACAUUCAUCAAUAAAAUAUCGAUAAAUGUGCUCAGUGCAAUAGGCAAAUCCGAUCCACAAAGUUUAUCCCCACCGGAGACAUUGUUGAACUUUCAGCCAUUGGCCUUAUACUGCAACGGCAUAUUGAGCGCUUUAAACGAAUUCCGUAAUUGUGCACCAAUUGCCCUAGUCAAUGAGGUUACGAUUCGAUUGGAACAUUCCCUGAAAAUUGUCUCGAAUAACAUUUCGAAGUUCUAUCGUCAAGAGCAACAAGCGCUGGGUGCGAAGGAACGAGAUAAUUUCGUAAAAUUUUGCUGUGCAUUCGCCUAUGAUUUAACACCAUAUCUCCAGCGGUGCAUACACGAUGUGUUUCCAAUUGCCCUACUAACGAGUCACUUGAGCAUCAAUGCGAUCGCGUUGCAAAAGAGCGGCAUGUCUUAUUUGAAUAAGAAAAAAAUCUUGGAACCGUUGGAGUAUUUAUUACCCGACAAAGUCGAAACAAUUGUCAGAGAAGUGUCCGAACAAAUGAGACCAGCCGAAAAGAAACCGGGAAUUAGCGCCGAAAAAAGUUCGUGUGUUGAAAUUGUUACGCCACAGGAAUAAAAUUACCCUGGUGGGAGGGCCUUUUUAAAUAUGCUAUUCAAUUAUGUUAAUAAUUUAAGAAAUAAAACAGAAGCCAAUAUAAA